GAGUCGACUGUAAAAGGUCUGAAGUAAUUUUGUGUUGAACGAACACAAAUAGCCACAGAAUCAGAGACUUUGAUCAAUUCAAUUGGAAUCCGUUCGAAUCCUGCAGUAGUUUGUUGCAGUAUAUACACGCCAAGCUUCUUCCUUCUCCUGGAGGGUUUUUCUCGCGCGGCUGAAGAGUUCGGAAGAAAAAAGAAAUGGUUCCGAUGACGGCCCUAGCUUAGGCGGCCAUGGGAGACAACAAUAACACCAACAGAGGCCUUGUUUCGGCCAACGCCGCCGCUAAUUCCAACCGGAACAACAACGGCAGCCACCACAAGAAGCCGGAGUGGCUGCAGCAGUACGAUCUAAUAGGGAAGAUCGGAGAGGGUACCUAUGGCCUCGUGUUCCUUGCUAAAAUCAAACCCCCUUCGCCGAGUCGCGGUAAGUCCAUUGCCAUCAAGAAGUUCAAGCAAUCCAAGGACGGUGAUGGCGUCUCCCCAACUGCCAUCCGCGAAAUUAUGUUACUGCGGGAAAUAACACACGAGAAUGUCGUCAAGCUUGUAAAUGUUCAUAUCAAUCAUACAGAUAUGUCGCUGUAUCUAGCUUUUGAUUAUGCUGAACAUGACCUUUAUGAAAUCAUUAGACAUCAUCGGGACAAGGCUAACCAUCCCCUUAAUCAGUACACCGUUAAAUCUUUGCUUUGGCAACUUCUCAAUGGAUUGAACUAUCUCCACAGUAAUUGGAUAAUUCAUCGUGAUUUAAAGCCAUCGAAUAUUUUGGUAAUGGGUGAAGGAGAAGAACAAGGAUUGGUUAAAAUAGCUGAUUUUGGACUUGCAAGAAUAUACCAAGCUCCCUUGAAGCCAUUAUCUGAAAAUGGAGUUGUCGUCACCAUUUGGUAUCGUGCACCUGAACUUCUCCUUGGAGCAAAACACUAUACUAGUGCUGUUGAUAUGUGGGCUGUUGGAUGUAUUUUUGCUGAGCUCUUGACACUGAAGCCAUUGUUUCAAGGGCAAGAAGUCAAAGGGAAUCCAAAUCCUUUCCAGCUUGAUCAACUCGACAAGAUAUUUAAGGUUUUAGGUCAUCCCACGGUAGAGAAGUGGCCAACACUUGCUAAUCUUCCACAUUGGCAACAAGAUUUACAGCAUAUACAGGGACAUAAAUAUGACACUGCUGGAUUGUUUAAUGUUGUGCACCUUUCUCCAAAAAGUCCUGCGUAUGAUCUUCUAUCCAAAAUGCUUGAGUAUGAUCCUCGAAAGCGUAUAACAGCAGCCCAAGCUCUUGAGCAUGAGUAUUUUCGAUUAGAACCACUGCCAGGAUACAAUGCCCUAGUACCAAUUCAACCUGGAGAGAAGGUCAUUAAUUAUCCAACUCGCCCUGUGGACACAACCACGGAUUUUGAGGGAACAACUAGCCUUCAGCCCCCACAAACGGCGUCUGGAAAUGCUGUAAACAUGCAAGGUGCUCAUGCUGUGGCAGGCAGAUCUGUCCCUCGGCCGAUGAUAGGAGUUGGCAUGCCAAGGAUGCCGCCUCAGGGCAUGGGUCCUUAUAACCUUGCAUCUCAGGCUGGGAUGGGCAUGAAUCCUGGUGGCAUCCCUAUGCAGCGUGGUGUUUCUGCCCAAGCUCAUCAGCAACAACAGUUAAGGAGAAAAGAUCCAGGAAUGGGAAUGCCUGGCUAUCCUCCACAGCAGAAACAACAAAGACGCUACUGAGCAGUGGUAUCAGGAAGAUCUGAAAUUACUUGUGCGCUUCGCCAAAAUUUGUCCACGCCAUCUUACAAAGCCAAGGUGUUGCGUGUUGAUUUAUUUGCUAGCUGAGGUUCAUCAACUCGUCUGAAUAAGUUAACGACCAAGCAUGUUUCUUGACACAGUAUCGAUUGAUGUUAAUACAUCUCUCAACUUGCUUGCCUGCUCGGUUGCUGCACAGAUCAAAUGGGAGAAGGCAAGAAUUGCUCCCGGGCAUCAGUUUUCUUGAUAUUAAGCUCCUUCAUCUUGAUAUAAGGUAACUUGGCCUACAAAGAAAGUAGUCCUCUUGUAUGAUAAUACUCCAAGUUAAGUAGGGUUGUGUUUACUCGGGUAACACGAAACGGUUGCGUGUACUUUAUCUAUAAGGUUAGAGAAGUUGGAAAGGGAAAAAGAAGAUAGGAUUAUUGAACCCCCAUCCCCAAAGAGUAGAUCAGGCUCUACUUCCGUAGCCAUAUUUGGAUCUUUUGUGAAGUUUGCGUAGCUACUGUAAUGUAUUAUGGUUAUUUAUGACUUGAACGACUAAUUCUUUUUCAUCU